UUUUUACACAGCAAACAACACUUAGAGAAAAAGCUUUAACUUUCAUUUCAUAUUUGCACAUUUGAAGAAAAGAAAAAUGGCGUCUAACCAACAAAGCUACAAAGCUGGUGAAACAAGAGGCAAGACUCAGGAGAAGACAGGACAAGCUAUGGGAGCGAUGAGGGACAAGGCUGAGGAAGGCAAGGACAAGACAUCUCAAACGGCCCAAACAGGCCAACAAAAGACUCACGAGACAGCCCAGGCAGCGAAAGACAAGACAUCUCAAGCUGCCGAAACGACCCAGCAGAAGGGUCAUGAGACAGCCCAGGCAGCGAAAGAGAAGACAUCUCAAGCUGCCCAAACAACCCAGCAAAAGGCUCAUGAGACGACCCAAGCAGCAAAAGACAAGACAUCUCAAGCUGCCCAGACGGCCCAAGAAAAAGCCCGGGACACGAAGGAUAAGACGGGGAGUUACAUGUCCGAGACAGGAGAAGCCAUAAAGCAGAAGGCUCAAGACGCUGCUCAGUACACGAAAGAGACGGCUGAAGCCGGUAGAGACAAGACCGGUGGGUUCUUGAGCCAGACCGGUGAGCAUGUGAAGCAGGCGGCUAUGGGUGCAGCUGAUGCGGUGAAGCACACUUUUGGGAUGGCUACGGAGGAAGAAGAUAGAGAACAUCAUCCAGGCACGGCUACGACAACUACUGGUACUACUCGGACCACUGAUCCCACUCAUCAUACUUAUCAGAGGAAGUGAGAACAACAGGAGAACUAUGUAUGUGUUUUCUUUUGUUUCUAUAAUGUCAUGUUUGGUCUUUUGAAUUCACCUGUAUUGGUUUGUAACUUAUGUCGUGUCCUUGUGUGCUGUGAUUCCGUUAUGUAUUAUUUCUUUGUUGUAAAGGUGAUCCUGUAGACUCUUCCAGCCAAUAAGUUUAAAUUUGAUCCCAUUAGAACUUUUGUGUCGUCCAAUUUGUAUUUUUGUUUUAAUAAACAGUUAUUAAUACCG